CAUUUUAUCUCUUCCCACCUCCCGCUCCCCCACCGCCCAUUCCACCCCAUUCCCACGCGCCAUCGCCGCCACGGCCAUGGCCGCCGCUGCCUCCUGCUCCCACCCUCCCUUCAGCCCCGCCGCGUCUCUACACCACCAACCCCACCAUGUCCGCCGCUGCGGCGCCACACCGCGCUUCUCCCCGCCGCCGCCGCCGCCGCCGCCGCCGCGCGCGCUCCUCAGGCGGCGGCCGCGGCGGCUGGCGCCCACCACGUUCUGCUCCGCACCGUCGUUGCCCCGCCUGGGACGCGUCGGAUGGCCGCGCAGGGAGGGAAACGCCUGGCUGCUCUCGUUCCGCGGCGACACCGCCGCGGCACCGGGCGCCGCGCUGGGGGACCCCUCGAAGGCGCUCUCCGCGCUGCUCCCGCUAGUCGUCGCCGCCACGGCCGUCGCCGCGCUCGGGAACCCCGCCACCUUCUCCUGGGUCAACAAGGAUUACUACGCGCCGGCGCUCGGGGGUAUCAUGCUGUCCAUUGGCAUCAAGCUCUCCGUCGACGACUUUGCUCUCGCCUUCAAGAGGCCUGUGCCACUCUCCAUCGGUUAUGCCGCACAGUACGUGCUCAAGCCACUACUGGGCGUGAUGAUUGCAAAGGUAUUCAGGAUGCCAUCAGCAUUCUUCGCGGGCUUCAUGCUUACUUGCUGCGUCUCAGGCGCUCAGCUGUCAAGCUAUGCUAGCUUCCUCAGCAAAGGGGAUGUGGCCUUGAGCAUUUUAUUGACAAGUUGCUCAACAAUAUCUUCGGUGGUCGUGACACCUGUUCUCACUGGAUUGUUAAUCGGUUCAGUGGUCCCGGUUGAUGGCAUUGCGAUGGCAAAAUCUAUUCUUCAGGUGGUGCUUGUUCCUGUGACGCUAGGCCUUCUCCUGAAUACCUAUGCAAAGGGAGUUGUGAAUGUAAUACAACCAGCAAUGCCAUUUGUUGCUAUGGUAUGCACAUCUCUGUGUAUUGGCAGCCCUCUUGCUAUCAAUAGGAGCAAGAUCCUCUCUCCAGAAGGAUUCUUCUUACUUCUCCCCAUAGUUGCUUUCCACAUUGUUUCAUUUGUUGCUGGUUACUGGGUCUCCAAGUUGCCACAAUGGAGGCAAGAAGAGCCUGUUUGCAGGACAAUUUCCGUUUGUACUGGGAUGCAGAGUUCCACCCUUGCUGGACUUCUUGCGACACAAUUUCUUGGAACCAGUCAGGCAGUUCCUGCGGCAUGUUCUGUAGUCAUCAUGGCCAUUUUUGGUUUGACUCUUGCAUCAUACUGGGGUAGUGGCUCACGAAUAAGAGAUGUUGCUGGGGGAUUUUUACCACAAGCCACCGCAGGUGUGAGCCCGUGACAGGCAGCAGGAUGCCGCAUGGUGAUUUUUCCGUGGAUCCCCUUGAGAGUUGAGAGACCAAUUCCAGAAAUUCAUUUGCCAAAUGAAACUGGAGCUACAAGGAAGUCGUCCUUCAGCAUAAUUUUGCAUGAGGUACACCAUGGCCACAAAAGAGAACUAAAGAUUGUGGGCUUUUUGAUGAUAAGGAUCAAGGCGAACAACCUUAUGACAAGAACCACUUGUACAAGAUGCUGAGUUUGCAGUCAUACUCACAUAUCAUCCGGUAUAUUUGUAGGUUGGGUUAGUUGUCUCUUACUAGCUCCUUUUAGAUAUAGAUACCACUAGACACGAUCGAGGAUGCUCAUAUAUUAGAGGUGUAGUGCUAUACAUAUGUCUGUGCAAUAUCAUUGGCGCUCACGCCAAAUUGUUCUUAAAAGUUAAAACGAACCCCACCAUCAGAUUUUAUUUUCUUUUCCGCAA